AUGUCGAUAUCCGACUAUGUCGCCAAAUAUCCUCGCCGCUUAAAGCUUCGGGAGACUGUCGAGACGUACUGGCUCGAAGAGCCUAGAAAACCACCGGGAGCCCUCGACUCGUCCCUCAAGAAGCAUACAACCCUGCUGAAUCGCCUUCGAACGCUUCUGCUUGUCGGUCCGGCUGAGCCUAUCAUCAAGGACAUCGAUGGCUUGACGCUUAGCAAGUACCUGGAGGAGAUCGUAGGAGCAGUCGUCGAGGGUGCUAGUAAGGGGAAAGGGGAUCCUGAGGUUGCUGUCGACAUCAUCGCCCACCUGCACACUCGUCUCUCGCCGGACUUCUUACCGCGCUUACUACCGGCCCUGCUGAGCAUUCUCGCUCCUUCAUCGACUGCACCAGCCAACUCGAAGGAUGUAGACAAGGAGAAGGAGAAGGAGGACAAGGAGCGCCUGGGGCGUCAGCGGCCGGUGUUGCGUAUGGUAGCCGAGCUGGCUAUUUCGCAUGCCUGGCCUGAGGGGGUCGUGAAGGGAAUAGGAGAAGUGGCGAAGGUCUUGAAGAACCUGAUGUCGAAUGAUCCUGCCUUCAUCAACCUGCCUCUCCUCGCAACAUUCUUGAAAUACUUUGAGCGGGCAUAUCUGGGCGGUGCGGAGGUCGCUGGGGAUGCGGGGGAUACUUCUGGUGACCUCCCGGCAGGAGUCGACGAGCUCGUCCCCGCGGAGGAGCGAAAAACGAUGCGGUCCCUCUUUGUCAGCUACUUCAACUCGGCGAGCAAGACACUGGUCAAGGGACAAGUCAAACUCCUUGAGCAGGACAAGCGAAAUCACGAAGCCUACAUCAAGUCUGGCGAGAUAUUCGAGGACCGCCAGCAAGCGUACGAGCGGAUGACCAAAGCCGUCGAGCGCCUCACGACUGGCGUCCAGUCGCUCGCGGAUCUGCUCAGUCUCAAGAUGCCCGAUCUGCCCACAUCGGCUACGCUAUCAAAGGGCGGACUGCAGAUCGUCGAGUCGAUCAGCUCGUUCACUGUCCGGGAAGAGGGCCAGGGAGUGGGGAUCUGGGAUGACGAGGAGGAGAAGCGGUUCUACGAGGAUCUGAUCGAUCUGAAGGAGGUGGUCCCGAACGGGUUGUUGGGGAUCAAGGAGAAAAAGGAUACUGCUGCAGGGGAGGCCGGAGCAGGCAAGGGGGAAGCGGAAGGAGAAGAGGCGCUGGAGAGGCAGAAGCAGGAAGAGGAGGAUAUCCAGCGACAACUCGAUCAGAUGAUGCUCGAUCCGGCGCCGGAUUCGACUGCUCCCCCGCCGGUAGAAGAGCCGGAAGCCGUCAGCAUGUCGAGAUCUGCUUCAAAGACCUCUGCAAAAGCACCAGGCUCGCCCCUUAUCCCAACAAACGCGCUGCCGGAGGACGAGGACGGACCGCCAGCAGACAGCGGAAUAGUCGGCGAGGACGAGGGAUUGCAGCCUGGUCCGGCUGCUCGGCUCACUGCGCUCUUCGCGGCGUUGCCGGAGGCGGUCAACAGAGAAAUUAUCGACAAGCUGGCGGUGGAAUUUGCUUUCUUGAACUCCAAGGCGGCGAGGAAACGGUUGAUCAAAUUCCUCUCUGCUGUACCGAAGAACCGGACGGACUUGUUACCGCACUACGCAAGGUUCAUCGCCACGCUGGAUCGGUGUAUGCCCGAUGUUGGGACGGGUGUCAUCGAAGUGCUGGAGGAAGAACUCCGAUACUUGCAACGGAAGAAGCGCGUCCGCGAGCUCGACAGCUUACGCCUGAAGAAUGUACGCUUUUACGGUGAACUGGCCAAGUUUAAGGUCGCCCGCCCAUAUGCCAUCCUCCAUGUCCUUAAGGUGUUCCUGGACGACUUCAAGCCGAAUAUCGAAAAUAUGUCGAAUUUGCUCGAGACGUGCGGAAGGUUCUUGCUGCGGAAUGAAGGUACCGCUGCGACAGCCAAGAGUAUGGUGGAGCUGAUGAGGCGCAAACAGGCGAGUCAGCAUUUGGAGCACAAGGAGCAUGUCAUGCUGGAGAAUGCAUUCUACCAGUGUAACCCUCCAGAGCGGGUCACGAGGGAGGUGGUCGAGCUCCCGCCUAUGCAGGGGUUCAUUCAGCAUCUUUUGCAUGAUGUGCUCAUCAAGCGGACCCUGGAUAAGGUUUUGAGGCUGUUGAGGAAGCUGCACUGGGAGGAUGCAGAGAUAUAUGACUACAUCCUCAAAUCUUUCACCGAGAUUUGGGAGAUCAAGUUCGGCAAUAUCCCCUUCCUGGCUGCCCUGGUAUACGAUCUCCAGCGCUAUCAUCCCGAAUUCAGCAUCGCGGUAGUCGACCAGCUCAUGGAGGAUAUCCGUAUCGGUAUGGAGGAAAAUAUCUUCAAGCACAAUCAACGGCGUAUCUCUACCCUCAAAUACCUCGGCGAACUCUACAUGUACCGCGUCGUCAACGCCUCGAUUAUUUUCGAGACGCUCUGGUCGCUCAUUUCGUUUGGACAUACCGAGGGUCUACCUGUCCCAGGUCGUGACAGCCCGAUCGACGCGGUGGACGACUUCUUCCGGAUCAGGCUGGUCUGCACGUUACUCGAUACGUGUGGGAUAUGCUUUGAUCGGGGGUCGCAGAAGCGGAAGCUGGAUCAUUUCUUGACUGUUUUCCAGCUGUAUGUGACGUGUAAGAAGGAAAUUCCGAUGGAUGUCGAGUUCAUGCUCAACGAUACGCUUGAUGCUAUGCGCCCCAAGACCGCCCACCUGCGCACGUUUGCUGAAGCGGCGGCUGCGGUGGAUGUCCUCCUCGCCGAGCAGAAUGGGCGGGUAUGGGAGAGCGACUCGGAGGAUGGCGGUGAUGAAGAAGGGGAGCGAGGCGGCGCAGAUCGGGAAGAUGGGGAUGAAGAGGUCUUGAAUACUGCUGCCCCCGACGAGCAGGAGGGAGAUGAAGACGACGACGCCGAGGAUGUAGUGGUCAUUCGCGAGCGCUCCACCCAGCACGACGAAGUCAACGAAGAAGCCCAGUCUGACUUUGAUCGCGAGUUUGCGAGGAUGCUGGCGGAUACGACAGAUACAAGGCGAGGGGAGCGGAAAGCGGCACCACCGAUCUUCGAUACGGCUGUGCCGCAUAUCCGAAGGCAGGCUGAGGGUGCUACUGCGCCUGGAGUAGCGGCUAGCGGUAAAGCUGGACCGGCGGCGGUUGAGCAAGAGCGGAUGCAGUUCAGCCUUUUGUCAAAGAAGGGGAACAAGCAGCAGAUCCGCGAGAUUGCCAUUCCCGUCGACUCUGCUAUCGCUGUCAACUCCCGUACACACCAGCUCCAAAACAAGGCGGAGCAGGAACAGCUCAAGCGGCUGGUGCUGCAGAACGAGCGCAGGCAGGGGCAGUCUGACAAGGAUAAGCUCGAGCAGGAUAUGCGCGCACGCGGGAUCCGCCUCAGAUUCACCGGCUAG